AUGGUAGAUACGGAGCUUCAGUGCAUUUUGCACAUUCCAGACCAGAAGGAAAAGACUGCAGCGUAUAAGACAUUGCUGGAAAAGAACUUACAUGAUGUAAAUAACCUCAAGACUAUCAUAACGCAUUUACUGGAAGAAAAUGUAUUACUGGUGAUUUCACGUGCUGUGGUCACCCACUUGGCAUCAAUGGUUGCAAGUAUCGACGUAGACGUGCACCCUUGGAAGCUCGAGUUUAUCUGCUUUUGCUUGGCUAAGAUAAAGCCUCGUAUUCUGUCAUUUGAAGAGCCUGAUGUCUUAUUUCGUGAAUCACUGGCAGCCAUGUACAUGGAAGAAGAAGAAUAUAUUGAAGCGGCCAAAGCCUUAGCUGCCAUCAAUCUUGAAAGCUCUACACGUCAGUAUACGGACGUGGAGAAGGCUGAAAAGUAUGUUAAAAUUGCCGAACUUUAUCUGCAAGAGGAUGAGACAGUGGAUGCAGAAAACUUUAUCAAUCGCGCGUCGCGUUUUAUCCACAAUGUUGAGAAUUGGGCGCUUAAACUACGCUUUCAAGUCUCGUAUGCCCGGAUUCUCGACUCAAAGCGCAAGUUUUUGGACGCUGCGCUACGUUACUACGAGUUUUCGCAGUCCAAGCCUGACGAAGUUGACCCGGAUGACUUGGUGGAAUUACUGAGCAAAGCUGUUACGUGUGCCAUCUUGGCUUCCGCUGGUCCACAGCGAUCGCGUCUUCUCGGUACACUCUAUAAGGACGAACGGGUGAAAAACAGCGAGCACGUGGCAAUUCUGGAGAAAAUGUACAUGGAGCAAUUGAUUCGUUGCCCAGAACUCGUGCAGUUUGAAAAAAGUCUGCUACCUCACCAGAAGGCGGUGCUAUCUAACGGUUUCACAGUGCUGGAGAAUGCCUUUCUCGAGCACAAUCUGCUUGCUGCCAGUCGAGUUUACAGCAGCAUUUCACUUGAAGAGUUGGGCAAACUUUUGGAGAUUGAACCGAUCAAUGCUGAACGUGUUGCAGCUACAAUGAUUGGCGAAGACCGCAUGAAGGGUAGUAUUGACCAGCAUCUGGGCUUCCUUGAGUUUGCAAACACGGAAGACGAGGCUUUAGCUGCGUUUGAUACCCGAAUCAGCUCCGUUUGCUUCAAUGUCAACCAAUGCGCCGAACAGAUCGAGCAGCAGUACCCAAAGCUCCUGCUGGCUACUACUGCAGCAACGUUGGCGCCCCGUGAAGCUGUCUAG